GUUGUCAUCUAUUGCUUCCGUAUGCUUCUUUAAAUGUGCAGUCCUCUGCCUCUGAGACUUCCUUUCUUCCUCACACAUUUCUUCGACAGGAAGCUUCACCCUUCAACCUCGUUGAUCGCUCUCAGUUUCGAUUGAACUUCAGAUAAGAGCUUUCGGGGUAGGUAUUUCUGCAAACUUGCCAAACAACCACUUCUCUGGGGGAGAAACUACCCCCUCCUUGAAUAGUUGUGUUAUGAGAAGAUGGUCAUGAACGAUUAUGAUUCCGAUGUCAUUAGGUGGGGUCUUGGUUUUUUCAAUGGGGAUUCAUCGUAUAGUACCGAAUACUUCUCUGACAUGGCACAACAUGAUGUGAAUUUUUAUGAGCAUUAUUAUGGGAACCAUUGCAAUAACGAGGUUAACAAUGUGGAGAACGAUGAGAUUAUUGCGCACACUCUUCAGGAGGAGUUUUCCCGAUUAGAAAUUGCAGAGGCCUCAGGCUAUUCAAAUGUAGAAGAAGAGCAUUCCCGAGCAUCUAAUUUUGCACUUGAUUGGAACAAUCCCUCCUCAAGAAACUAUGGUUCAGAGAGUGAUUCUGUUGAAGAUGAAGUUGAAACUGGGGAGCUUUCUAGUUCAUGUUCUAGUCCAGGUCAUGACGAAAAUUCCUAUCCUUAUGGGAAUGGUGAUCAAGUAGAUUGGAGAUUGGAUCAAAUGAUUACGGCACCUCAUGUUCCAAGAAUUAAUGGUGAGAUUCCUUCGAUUGAUGAAGUAACUUCAGAUCACCAAAGGUUGCUGGAUAGGUUGAAAGUAUAUGAUUUUGUCGAACGAAAGGUUAAAGGAGAUGGUAAUUGUCAGUUCCGUGCUUUGUCAGAUCAACUAUUUGGAACAUCUAAACGCCACAGGUUGGUGAGACAAAGUGUUGUGAAUCAGCUCAAGUCGCAUCGGGAGAUUUAUGAGGGAUAUGUUCCCAUGGGAUAUGAUGAUUAUUUGGAAAAGAUGAUCAUGAGCGGCGAGUGGGGUGAUCACGUGACACUACAGGCAGCUGCCGAUUGGUAUGGCGUUAAAAUAUUUGUUAUGACUUCUUUCAAGGAAAACUGUUGUAUAGAGAUUCUCCCUAGUUUCCAGAAGAAAAAACAAGUAAUUUUUCUAAGCUUUUGGGCAGAGGUGCAUUACAACUCAAUCUAUCCUCAAGGAGUUUAUAUGCUUCAUGACCAAGCGACUCCGGCUCGAUACUUUUCAACCUCAUUUAUUCCACAAGAGCAGCACCAUGAGUGUAGACCUCAAUCACAAAUACUUAAGGAUGAUAAAACAUCCCAGAUGACUCUAGAUAGGAGGCUGAUCGAGAGGAGUGUUUCAAUUGAUGAAGGGAGCCGAAUUGGGCACGAUCAUCUAGUCUGGGAACUAAAGCAUCAGGCGGCUGAGUGGCCUGGUUUAUUAUCCUCAUGGCCAUCCUUACAAAUGGGGGAAUAUAAGAUCUCGUCAGUGGAAAAGCAACCUAAUAACACCAGUAGGAGGGAGAUUCUUGUUGAAGAUGAACCAGAGGACGUCAUUGCUCUUGCCAAGAAAGCUUUGUCAGCCUCAAAACAAGCAGCAUCAUUAGUCGAAGAGUCUGAAUUAGUUGGAACUAACAUUGAUUCUUCUUCUUCUUCUUCUUCUGAGGAUUCUCUAAGGAAGGAGGGUAUAGCUGUAAAGUCAACAAGGCUGCAAGAUAGACGAUCUAAGAGAAGAAGGGUGCCAAAACAUGUAACAACAAUUCACGAGACUUAUAAUUUGAGGGGAAAAGAUACACGGCGAAAAACAAAUGAAAAUUUUGAUCCUAACGAUCCUCUACGAUUGUUUUUAUGGGGUCCUGAAACAAAGAAGCUUCUAACAGUUCAAGAAGAGUCUGAGUUGAUUGUCCAAAUCCAGGAUUUAAUGAUAUUAGAGAACGUGAAAGCUAGACUUCAAUCUCAGUUUGGGCGUGAACCAACUUUGGUCGAGUGGGCUGAAGCCAUUGGGAUUACUUGCCAACACUUACAGUCACAGCUUCACUGCUUUCGGGUCAGUCGUGAAAAGCUGAUUAAUGCAAAUUUGCGAAUGGUAGUUCACAUCGCCAAAAAAUAUCAGGGCCGUGGUCUUAGCCUUCACGACUUAUUGCAGGAAGGAAGCUUGGGACUUAUGAAGAGUGUCGAAAAAUUCAAACCACAAGCUGGUUGCCGCUUUGCCACGUAUGCUUAUUGGUGGAUAAGGCAAUCAAUCAGGAAGGCCAUAUUCGAACACUCUAGAACUAUUCGUUUACCGGAGAAUGUAUAUGGCCUCCUGGGCAAGGUAACAGAGGCAAAGAAUUUUUUUGUCCGAGAAGGGAAUUAUAAACCAUCUAAAGAAGAAUUAGCUGCACAUGUUGGAAUCACAGUUGAGAGAUUGGAUAAGUUGCUUUUUAUGUCCAGAAUUCCGCGUUCUUUGCAGCAACCCGUAUGGGCUGACCAAGAUACCACUUUUCAGGAAAUAACUGCAGAUUCUGAAGUCGACACCCCAGAUGUCAGUGUGGAAAGGGAGCUGAUGAGAAGGCACAUUCGGAAUCUCCUUAGCAUUCUCAGUCCAAAAGAGAGGCGGAUAAUUAGACUACGAUAUGGCAUCGAAGAUGGUAAAGAAAAGACACUGUUGGAAAUUGGCAACAUGUUUGGUUUGUCCAAGGAGAGGGUGCGGCAGCUUGAAAACCGAGCUUUGUACAAGCUCAAACGAUGCUGCAACAGCCAAGGACUUGGUGCAUACGCUGAUUUACUGACUUGAAAUCACAUGGUCAAUACAAUUUGCUGUAAAUGCAUCAGCUGGUUUGAACAUUUCAUCUUCCAAACGACAAUAUCAGAAGCUGUGGGGUUUGAAAAUUUUGAAGAAGCUAUUCUAUCUGUCAAGAAUUAUUCAGGAUACAAAUCAGUCACAAACAGCCUUUUCAAUACUUUUCAAGUCAACAGCUAUGUAUAUCAGUAUAUGAAGGUCUUUUAUAUUCUUUCUUUAGGUGCAGCAUCUUCAAGAUGUUGAGCAAUUGAUACUGAUAAUAAAAUGCUGACAUCUCCAUUGUAUCUAAUUUAAAUCCAUUUCAGAGAUGAAAUUCAAUGAAAGUAGAGAGAAACAACUUUUUUUUUUCCAA